GAUAGCGUCGGUGUUUCCUACAGUACUUGAAGGCAGCAGCGGACUGUGUGAAGAUGGCGGACUGUAUACGUGUUCUCUUGCUGCUGAUUUUCAUCUGCAAUUUUUCCUCCGUUCGGUCGCUGUCUCCAGAAAACAAGUCGAUGUCUAAAGUCGGUAUCCAUGUUGAAAGUCUCCAAAAUCUCGCCGUAGCUGCGGGAGCGGCUGCGGUCAGCCAGGACCGGAGCCUGGGUGCUGCGGGCGCCGCGGCCUCGCCGCCCCGGAGGCGCACAGCCGGCUGGAAGCUGUCUGAGGAGCCUGUGUGCCGGGACGACCUGGUCCGGCUCUGUCCGAAACACUCAUGGAACAACAACCUGGCGGUGCUCGAGUGUCUCCAGGACAAGAAAGAGGACACUGAAAUUGCCACAGAAUGCAACCAUCUGCUGUGGAACUACAAGCUGAACCUGACCACAGACCCAAAGUUUGAGUCCGUCGCUGUGGAGGUCUGCAAGACGACCAUCGCUGAGAUUAAAGAGUGUAAGUCGGAGGAGCUGGGAAAAGGGUACCUGGUCUCCUGCCUGGUGGAUCACCGUGGCAACAUCAGUGACUACCAGUGCAACCAGUACAUCACCAAGAUGACCAGCAUCAUCUUCAGUGACUACCGACUGAUCUGCGGCUUCAUGGACAAGUGUCGCGAUGACAUCAAUGCUCUGCGCUGCGGCAGCAUCAACAUGGGAGAGAAGGACGUCCACUCACAGGGCGAGGUGAUUGCUUGUCUGGAGAAGGGUCUGGUGCGGGAGGCCGAGGAGCAGCUGGGAGCACACGCCAUCAAGGACGAGUGUAAAAAGGCCAUCAUGAGGGUGGCCGAGCUCUCCUCCGACGACUUCCACCUUGACCGCUACCUCUACUUCGCCUGCCGCGACGACCGCGAGCGCUUCUGUGAAAACACGCUCGCUGGAGAAGGACGUGUUUACAAAUGUCUCUUCAACCACAAGUUUGAGGAAGUGAUGUCAGAGCGGUGUCGCGAGGCGCUGACCACCCGGCAGAAGCUGAUUGCUCAGGACUACAAAGUCAGCUACUCGCUGGCUAAAGCCUGUAAGUCAGACCUGAGGAAGUACCGCUGCAGCGUGGAAACCAACAUGCCCCGAGCCCGCGAGGCCCGACUCUCCUACCUGCUGCUCUGCCUGGAGUCCGUUGUUCAUCGAGGCCGCGUGGUGAGUGGCGAGUGUCAGGGUGAGAUGAUGGACUACAGGCGGAUGCUGAUGGAGGAUUUCUCUCUGAGUCCGGAGAUUGUUCUGCACUGCCGCAGUGAGAUCGAGGGUCACUGUUCUGGUCUCCACCGUAAGGGUCGCACGCUGCACUGCCUGAUGCGGGUCAGCCGCGGCGACAUGGGUGCCAUCGACCCCAACUGUCAACGGGCGCUCCAGGCGCUAAUCCAGGAGGCCGACCCCGGGGCCGACUACCGUAUUGACCGAGCGCUGAACGAGGCCUGUGAGUCCGUCAUCCAGACCGCCUGCAAGCACAUCCGCAGCGGCGACCCCAUGAUCUUGUCAUGUCUGAUGGAGCACCUCUACACGGAAAAGAUGGUGGAGGACUGUGAGCACAGACUGCUGGAGCUGCAGUACUUCAUCGCCAGAGACUGGAAGUUGGACCCCAUUCUGUAUAAGAAAUGUCAGGGCGAUGCUGCCCGCCUCUGCCACGCCCACGGCUGGAAUGAGACCAGUGAGAUGAUGCCACCCGCCACCAUUUUUUCCUGCUUAUAUCGCCACGCCUACCGCUCAGUUGAGCAAGGACGAAGGCUGUCCAGAGACUGUAAGGUGGAAGUGCAGAAUCUCCACCAGAGGGCGCUGGAUGUGAGCUGGACCUGAGCUCAGAACGUCUGUAUGGCUGACCUGGGAAGUGGUGUCAGUGAGAAGCCGGAGUUUGGACAAGAACUGGAGUGUCUUCAGGAUCACCUGGAGGAUCUGGUCCCAAACUGCAGAGAGGUGGUGGGAAACCUGACCGAGCUGGAAUCUGAGGACAUCCAGAUUGAGGCGCUGCUGAUGCGAGCCUGUGAUCCCGUCACUCCAGGCCUACUGCCACGAGGUGGCUAUAACCAGAUCGAUACCGGAGACCUGAUGGACUGUUUGGUUCAGAACAAACAUCAGAAGGAGAUGAAUGAGAGUGUUCUGUGGGCCGUGACGCACUUCCAGCUGAUCCAGAUCAAAGACUUCCGGUUCUCCUACAAGUUUAAGACGGCAUGCAAAGAAGAUGUCCUCAAACUCUGCCCAAAUAUCAAGAAGAAGGUGGACGUGGUAAUCUGUCUCAGCACGACAGUGAGGAACGACACUCUGCAGGACGCCAAGGAGCAGCGCGUGUCCGUCAAGUGCCGGAAACAGCUGCGGGUGGAGGAGGGUGGAGAUGGUGCGUUCACUGACGCUUUACAUUUAUCGGAGGACAUCCGUCUGGACCCGGCUUAUGACUCCUGCAGACAGGACAUUAACAAACUGUGUCAGAACGUGCCCUUUGGAAACGCACAGGUUAUCGAGUGUCUGAAGGAGAGCAAGCGUCAGCUGACUCCUCGCUGCCACCAACGGAUCUUUAAGUUGCAGGAGGUGGAGAUGAUCGAUCCCGAACUGGACUACCAGCUGAUGAGGGUCUGCAAGCACAUGAUCAGGCGGUUCUGUACGGAGUCUGAUGGAAAGAACAUUCUGCAGUGUCUGAAACAGAACAAGAACAGUGAACUGAUGGAUCCCAAAUGUAAACAAACCAUCACCAAGAGACAGAUCACGCAGAACUCCGGUACGAACACAUCACCGGUGCUGAUGAAGGCCUGUAAAGCCGACAUCCCAAAGUUCUGCCAGUCCGAUCCUCACAAGGCGCAUGACAGCGAGCUGGAGGGUCAAGUCAUCGCCUGCCUCAAACUGAAGUAUGCGGAUCAGCGUUUGUCUCCAGACUGUGAGGCCCAGAUCCAGGUCAUCCUGCAGGAGUCUGCGCUGGACUACAGACUGGACCCUCAGCUCCAGAUCCACUGCACUCAGGAGAUCUCUCGGCUGUGUCCGGAGGAGGCGGCGGCUCAAGAGCAGACGGGUCAGGUGGAGGAAUGUCUGAAGGUCAACCUGCUGAAGAUCAAACAGGACGGAUGUAAGAAGGAGGUGCUGAACAUGCUGAAGGAGAGUAAAGCGGACAUCUUCGUGGACCCUGUCCUCCACACGGCGUGCGCCCUGGACCUGAAACAUCAGUGUGCCGCCAUCCCACCCGGCAAAGGACGGCAGAUGUCGUGUCUGAUGGACGCGCUGCAGGACAAACGUAUUCGUCUGCAGCCAGAGUGUAAGAAGAGGCUUCAAGAUCGCAUCGACAUGUGGAGCUACGCCGCCAAGGUGGCUCCCGCUGAGGGUUUUUCCGACCUCGCCAUACAGGUGAUGACAUCACCGUCUAAGAACUACAUCCUGACUAUGAUCGCUGCGGGUGUGGCGCUGCUCUUCCUCAUGGGGCUACUGUGCGGCAGAUUCACAAAACGUGUCACUCGGGAGCUGAAGGACAGGUAGACCACGCCCACCAAGCUGUCCCCUUGGGGUCAGGACAUACCCACAGGAGAAAAUGCCACCACCCAGAUUUCCUGCCGCCAGCCCCUCUUUGUUUGGAAAUGCAUCGCUCUGCUUCUUUGACUCCACAUUCAAUCUCUUUGUGGGGUGUCCAUGUGGACUGACGUUAUCCACAAGUGGGCGUGCGUCAGUGACUCUUUGCCC